UCCUUCUUAAACAGCCUCAACAUAAGGUGGUUGCUUCAGGGACCCCAGACUCCUUCGGCAGCGGGGGCUGCGGUUUGCGCAGGCGCGGCACUGACGGGACGGACCCGGAGACAGCCUUGUUCAUAGGUUAAAAUAAAAGGCCCUUUUAUUGAAGGAAUACAUUUGGCUGGCACAGUUCAGAAUGUCAAGUACUGUGUCCUACUGGAUCUUAAAUUCUGCAAGAAACAGCACUGUCAUAUUGCAAGGUGGCCGGCGAUUAUACUCCAGGUAUGCCUUAAACAUAAAUAGGAGUAAGUCGAAAUGGAGGCUCUUUUCCCCAGUACCAGUCACUCCAAAAAACACUGCUCCAUGUGGUGGGUUUGCUGUGCAGAAAGCCUACAGACACACAUCAACAGAGGAAGAUGAUUUCCACUUGCAGCUCAGCCCUGAGCAGGUAAAUGAAGUGCUUCGAGCUGGUGAGUCAGCUCACAAGAUUCUUGGCCUUGCCAGUGGAGUUCCAAAUUCAGUACUGCGGUUUGAGAGUAAUCAGCUGGCUGCUAAUUCCCCAGUGGAGGACCGUCAAGGUGUAGCGUCCUGCAUGCAGACCAAUGGGCUGAUGUUUGGCAUCUUUGAUGGGCAUGGUGGACAUGCCUGUGCUCAAGCAGUGAGUGAGAGGCUCUUCUACUACAUGGCAGUGUCACUGAUGUCCCAGCAGACUUUAGAACAGAUGGAGGGAGCAGUGGAAAGCAUGAAACCCUUGCUGCCUAUCCUACAGUGGCUCCAGCACCCAGGAGACAGUAUCUACAAGGAUGUCACAUCACUACACCAUGAUCACCUUCGCGUCUACUGGCAGGAACUGCUUGAUCUGCACAUGGAAAUGGGACUGAACACUGAAGAAGCAUUGAAGCACUCCUUCCGGAGACUGGAUUCAGACAUCUCCCUGGAAAUUCAGGCUCCACAGGAAGAUGAGAUGACAAGAAACCUUUCACUCCAGGUUGCUUUCUCCGGGGCAACAGCUUGCAUGGCCCAUGUCAGUGGAGUUCAUUUGCACGUGGCAAACACUGGUGACUGCCGGGCCAUCCUCGGUGUCCAGGAUGGCAGUGGCAUGUGGUCUUGUUUGCCCCUCACCCAUGACCACAAUGCCUGGAAUGAGGCUGAGCUGACAAGGCUAAAGAAGGAGCACCCUGAGUCAGAGGAGAGGACAAUCAUCAUGGAAAACAGGCUGCUGGGUGUCCUCAUGCCCUGCAGGGCCUUUGGGGAUGUCCAGCUCAAGUGGAGUAAGGAGCUGCAGCGUAGUGUCUUGGAGAGGGGUUUUGACACUGAGGCCCUCAACAUUUACCAGUUCACCCCCACACACUACUAUACGCCACCUUACCUGACUGCUGAGCCCGAGGUCACAUACCACAGGCUGAGGCCCCAGGACAAGUUCCUUGUGCUGGCCUCAGAUGGCCUGUGGGAUGUUCUAAACAAUGAGGAUGUGGUAAAGCUGGUAGUGGAGCACUUGGCUGAAGCAGGUCGGCACAAGCCAGACCUGGCCCAGAGACCUACCAGCCUAGGACUCAUGCAGAAUAUGCUCUUGCAGAGGAAAGCCAAGGGACUCCAUGCUGCUGGCCAAAAUGCGGCCACACAUCUGAUCAGACAUGCCAUCGGGAGCAACGAGUAUGGGGAGAUGGAUCCUGAGCGACUGACAACAAUGCUGACCUUGCCUGAGGACUUGGCUAGGAUGUAUAGGGAUGACAUUACUAUCACUGUUGUGUAUUUCAACUCAGAUUCAAUUGAAACAUAUUACAAGGGGGGUUAAGAGUCUUCCAUGCUAUUGCCAAGGUUAUAACUUGUGUGUUCUCCUAAAACUUCUCUUACUCUUAAACUGGCUACUUAAACCUUUUGAAAGGGCAGGCAGGGGUAACUUGCUUAAUAACAGACUAACAUGAGAGAAAAAAAAGUCUUAGGUUUAAAAAACAAUAGUGAUGUCAUAUCUUUAUGUUUGGUCACUUUUUUUUUUUUUUUAACACAGUAGAGCAAGGAAAUCAUAGAAUUAGCUUGAGUUCAUGUGACCCAAGUCUUUUUAUAAAGACACUAUUGUUAAACUGUGACAGCCUGAACUUUCAAAGGAUAAAUUUAAUCAUGAUUCUGGGAAUGUGAAGAAUUUCAGAAUCUUCUGUUUUCUUGCUGAAAAAUGUGCAAAUUUGGUACUUUUCAAAUCACAGUCAUGGACUUCUAUGAAGGGAAGUUUUUUUUUUUUCAAAUUAUUAAGACCUGGGUUUACAAAGCAUGUAACAGGACAUUUUCAUACAUAUUCUAACUCUUAGUGAUUGUACUUGAGGAAACAUUUUGUAAUACUUUAGUUCUGAUUUCUAGGUUACUUUAAAAUGGAAUCCUCAAACUUACGAACAGGCCUGCACUAACUUAUCUUGGUCUUCAGCUGAGGGUGAGACAGGCUCAGCUUCUGGACCAGCUAAAACCUGUACAACUUUCAGUCCUUCUACUGUGUCUUACCCCAGGAACCUUGAAGCCAUGCUAGGAGAUAACUUCUGUCUAAGCCUUAAUUCCUAGCUCUCCCUGUCUAGUAAAAUUUCUUCUAGGGCUUUGUCUCUGGGGUUAUGUUCAUAGUACUUGACUUUCUGAUUGUACUGCUUAGACUUCCUUCUGUUACUCCACCUGAUACUCUACCUCUGCUCUGAUGAACAUCUUUUUUUUUCUUACCAGAGCACUGCUCAGCUCUGGCUUAUAGUGGUGUGGGAAUUGAACCUAGGACUUUUGGAGCCUUAGGCGUGAAUCUCUUUGCAGAACUAUGAUGUUAUCUACCCUACCUGAAUAUCCUUGCUAGCAGUACUGUCUGAAAAGUACUGUUUUCUUAAAUGGCUUCAGGGUAGGAGAAAAUGUGAUUGCAUGUGGUGGUUGUGAUAGGUGUUAAACUGUCUUGUGCAGAGUCUGUAGGGGUGAAAACAUGAAAGGCUAGAGAACACUCACUAACCAAGACCAUCUAUAUCUUGAGUACGGGGAGAGGGAGGAGUGAAACUUGCUAGAUGGGCCAUUUGACUCUAGAAUGUAUUGUGGAAUGUAUUGCCAUGGCUAUUCCUUGAGAAUUAAUCCUUAUUACUAUAGGAUUUGGGAGAAAAUUAAAAACCUGUAAUGGCUUCUGUGAACUGCACAGUCUGUUUACUUGAAAAUUAAACCAUGUGAUUUUUUUUGAGGGGGAUGAGUUUCAUGUUUUGAUGAAUUGCUGUGACAUGUAAAUAACAAGAAAUGUCCCUAAAUGGAAAUAUAAGUAUAGAAGUGCCAAGUUUUUAUUUGUUUGUUUUGUUUUGUGUUUUACUUGAUGGAAAGAGAAACUGAAGGGAAGGUAGAGUGGGAGAGAGAAAAGGAGAUACCUGCAGAUAUACUUUUUACCGGUCAUGAGUGAGAUGUCCUCCCUGAAGGUGGGCACCAGGUGCUUGAACAUGGGUCCUUGAGCAUGUGUGCUCAACUGAGUGCACCACUGCAUGACCCCAAAUGUAACAGUUUUAUUAUUGGAUUGUUAGAGAAGUCAGGAUGCAUUUUUGCAUAGAAAAACAUGUCAUGACUUUUCCGACAACUCAAUAGGUUAGUUGAUUAGGUUUUUUUUUUAGAUUUUAUUUAUUGAUGAGAAAUAUAGGGAGGGAGAGAGAACCAGACAUCACUCUGGCACAUGUGCUGCUGAGGAUUGAACUCAGGACUUCAUGCUUGAGAGUUCAAAGCUUUAUCACUGCUGGACCACUUUUUUUUUUACCAGAGCACUGAUCAGUCCUGGCUUAUGAUGGUGCUGGGGAUUGAACCUAGGAUUUCUGGAGUCUCAGGCAUGAGAGUCUCUUUUCAUAACCAUUAUGCUUCCAUCCCUCCUCCCUUUAUUCUUUUAACUAAACCCUGGCAGUCUUGGAACAUGGAAUUCCAGAGUGAUCUGUGAAUCUUAUAUUGAAGCCUAGCAUAAGUCAUAACUAUCUUUGACUCAGUAUGUUGUGGAACACUUGAGAGAAAAGGGACUCAAUACCUAUUUCCCGAAGCCUAUCUGUGUUCCUGCUUUCUAUUUGAUGUGCAGAAAAGAGAAAAGGCAGUGUACUGUCUGCUUUUUUGCUGCUGUGAACUCAGUGCUCCAGGGAGCUCCUCCUUGAACCAUGCCUGUCUUCUUAACCAAUCGUUCUACUGUUAGUGGCCUUCCUGAGGCACAAGGGUCACUGCUUAAUAAAGACACUGGGAUUUGACAGGAUUGGUGAUAAUUGUCAGGUUUUUCCAAAAUAAUUUGUCUUUCCUUUUAGAUAGAUUUCACUGUGAACUAACAAAUGAGACUGGAUGUUUAAUAUUUUAGGUAUGAAUAAAAUAUGCUUUGGUGCUUAAAGUUACCUACUUAUCAUGGGGAUGGACAGUGGCACACUUGGUCAAGUGGACAUGUUACGGUGUGCAAGGACCCAGGUUUAAGCCUCUGGUCCCCACUUGCAGUGAUAAAGUAGUAGUGCUACAGAUAUCUUUAUCUCUCAUUUCCCUCAAUUUCUGUCUCUAUCCAGUAAAUAAACUAAGUUAAAAAUAUGCAUAUAUAAAUAAAAAAUUGCCUACUUUAA